AUGGAAACAAAUCACAACCAUGAGCUUCCACUCUUACAAGGACAGGCCAAUGGUGCAUCCAACAAUACCAACACUACCAACACCAACAAUAGUGUUGGCGAGGAUGAUUUGAUUGAGUCUGAGCUUGGGUCUGAGAUUGACCAUGUCAUAGGAGCAGUUGUUGACUCCGAAGAAAGAAGAAAGAGAAGCAACAGCACCAAGCCUAUGACGGUCGACCCUUCUACGCAUUACGGACGCUUGUUCAACCAGGAAUAUCACGACAAUAUUUAUUUCCAAAAUGACUUCUUUCCAACGGUUAUUGGUUGUUUGGACAAGAUUCCCCUUAUCAAUGCAGACAAUAUCACUCAACUUCCUGGAAACAACGACGUUCCGAGCUAUGUGAUUUCAAGUAGUCUCUACUUGGUUCUGGGAGCUGUAUUGAAAAAACGUCUUGGAGCAAAGCGUGUUGCUUUUUCAUUCUACAAUACUUUGAAACAAGCAAUGGAGACUGUCCCAGAUGAACUUCCAACUAUCAUUCAACAAAGAUUUGAUUUGGUAAUCCUUGGUGAUGACAAAGAAUUGCGGUACUCUGAUGAAUUGGAUGGUUUGACUGAUCUUCCCACACUGGAGCAAGAAACCAGACAGUACAACACGGUACUAUAUGAUCCUCAAUUUUCUUUUUGCUGCGUCGUGAUUGCUUGGUGGAAUUUGAAACAGCAGCAAUACCAGUAG